CAUUAUCAUCAGAUUCCGCAUGUGUCGGACUCGAUUGUUGAAGAUCAUUCAGGUCUCAGGGUCAAUAUAACAUUAAGCUUCUGCAGUCUCUUUAUUUAUUUUCUUUUUUCCCUCUGGUUAUCCUCCCUUCUUUUAAAAACACGCAUUUACCAGCCAAGGCAUCGUGGUCUGAUCCACGGCGGGAACUUCGGGCGUCGUCCCCCGCGGCCCCUCCACGAAAGCAAAAGCAUCCAGCGAAUCCAAACAGUGUUUGACAUGCUUGUAAUCCAGAUCUCGGGGGCACACAUGCCUUCCCGUCUCUCUCGCCUGCCAGUACCGUCUCAGCGCCAGGAUGCAAUGAGCCGGAUGAAAGNGCUGGUCAAUCGGGAUCNCGACCGCGAAAGGNUUCNCGUAGAAUGA